UAUGACGAGCCGGCCGAGCGAUAUACCCCAGACGGACGACUAGUCAAAAACGAAUCACCACGAGAAACGAAAGAGGAUAUUCCCCUAAAAGAAAUUCUUCGGCGACCAUAUCUAAGAGAAGAAUUUCUCAAGGAAGCACACGAAUCGAUAGCAAUCGAUAAAGAUGCGUUGAAAAAAGAGGAUGUGACAAUCGAAUCAGAAAGUGAUGAAGAAUUAUGGAGUAAAGAUAUCGAAGACAGGUUUUUUUCAUAUCUGAAUCAUUUAUUACGAGAGGAGAUGACGAUAUAUUUUGCUUUCAGAGAAUUUUUCGUGAAAUAUAAAUCCCAUCGAAAAAUCAAAUUGAAACAACUUGCUAAGGAACAGCCUUCGCAGAAACGUCUCACAACAUCUGCAGAAGAGUUAAAAUCUGUGAAAUAUGCGCUGGCGCUAUUUGAUGAUUUUAAGAGAAAGAAGGACGCUGCAACAAAAGAAAAGAUUAGUCUGAAGUAG